AUGGCAGUGAUGGCCAGAAAUAUUCAGGGCCCCUGGGUCAUUGGCGGAGACUUCAAUACAGUUGUUGCGACGGCAAAAAGGAGUAGAAGGAAUCAGGAUCUUGGCAGUGCUAGGGAUUUCGUAGAAGCCAUUGAUAAUGCUGGCCUGCUUGAUGCAGGGUUUUCUGGGAGUUGCUUUACCUGGUGCAACAAUCAGCAGGGCCCAGCAAGGGUUUGGGCUAGGCUGGAUAGGGUUCUUACAAACGGCCUAUGGAACUCAUCCUUCCCUAACUUCCAUGUGGAACAUCUUCCCCGUUCUAAUUCUGAUCAUGCACCUCUCCUGUUGGUUCUUUUAAAUCAGAAUUUUGUGGGACCUAAGCCAUUUUGUUUCCAGCGGAUGUGGCUUCAACAUGAAUCCUUCCAGCAAGUCAUAAAAACGGCCUGGGAAUCUGAAACUACGCUGGACCCCAUGGUGAACAUUUUGGUGAAGCUUCGUAAGGUCAAGAUUUCCCUCAAAAUCUGGAAUAAGGAGGUGUUCGGUGAUAUCUUUAUGCAAAUUAAAGAGUGGAGCAUGGAAUCCAAGAUAUUGAGGGAGAUCGUCUGGGUCUUUAUGACACCCCUGGUGAGGAAAGGCAGGCUCAUAUGCAUCUCAGUGAGGAGGUUGCUGAUCAAGUCUAUAGAGCUCGAUUCAGGGAGGAUUGUUAAAUCCCAAGAUCUUAUCAAAGUGGAGGUCGUGAGGUUCUUCCACAUGCUCUUUUCAGCUUGGGAGGUUGACCUGGAGGAGGAUCUCUUAUCGAAUAUUCCCGAGUUGGUGACGGUGGAGGACAAUUCCCAUCUCCUGGAUGUCCCUUCCCUCCAGGAAGUUAAGCAGGCUAUUCUGGACCUCCCUUCGAAUGGUGCGCCUAGCCCUGAUGGAUUUUCUAGGGCCUUCUUCGCAGGUUGUUGGGACAUUAUUGGUCGGGACCUCCUAAAGGUAGCAUCGUCCAUCUUCCAAGGUGGCUCCAUCCCGAGAGCCUUCACGGCUUCGCUCAUUUGUCUUCUUCUCAAAUGCUCAGCCCCCAAGAAAUUUUCUGAUUUAGACCCAUCAGUUUAUGCAACAAUGUCUACAAAAUUUUUGCUAAAAUCAUCUUGA